GGGCGCUCUCUACUGUCCUGCGCAAGUCGCGCUGGAAUGGCCGUGGGCGCGCCUUCUACCGCUGCGGCGCCAGGGGCUGCGGGGGGCGGGUCUACGUCAUGCAGCUGGCGCUGUUCAAGGAGAUGCGCCUGUUGCCGCGGCAGGCGCUGGCGAUGUUGAAAGAAUGCGCCCGCUCUAACCGCGUCGCGGCGCCCGGCCCCGGUGAUCUAGCGGCCCGCGCAGGCUGCGGCAAACGGCGCGCGGGGCAGUUCGUGAAGUUACGUCGCGCCACCGAGGCGAAGCAGGGUCUGCUGCUGAGUGGGAGGGGCAGGAUUGGUGGCGACGUGGGGUUGGGCGCUCACCAGGUCGCGAAGAUCUGCGUGUCGCCCGAGAACGAGUCCUACCAGCAUCUGAUUCAGAAAUGCGUCAAGAAGCCUCCGAGCUACUUCCAGCUGCGCGUGCAAGUCGCUGGCGCCAUCCAACGGGGCAUGGGCGAGCCGUGCCUAUCCUUCCUGCCGUUCUACAAGCUGGCCCCCCCGAAGGCGCGCCCGCCCCCCGAGUCGUGCCGGGGAGUCUUACAGACCGCCUUGCGCGACGGGGUCGCCCCGGAGUCCAACGUCCACGCCGACUGCAACAAGGCGCGGCCGAAGCUCGCGUCCACCAAGUGCAAGAAGAUGUCCAAGGUGCACCAGGUCUCACACAAGAAGAAUCAGUUCACCAAGGCCGUGCGCGGGAGGGGCUGCAAGUCGUCGACGAGCGGCGCCGCUGCGAGCUUCUCCAAGUUGGCUGGCACGCAGUGCGUCGAUAGGGCGUGGUGUGAGCUCGACAAGGCGAUCCCGAAGACUGCCGACAACAAGCGCUCUGGCGUGUUCGACGGCAGCAUUCGCGACCGCGCGUGA